CGGCUGGGGCUGCGGGGGCGGCGACGGCGGGAGCGGCAGUGGCGGCGGCGGCGGGUCCGGAGGUGGCGGCAGGUGGCCCCGCGCAGCGGCCGGCCCGGCCGGGGGCGGGCGGGAAGGUGGCGCCUCGGGCGGGGGCCGGUCCCUGCACCAGGUGACCUGUUCCGGCCCGGAUCCGGGCGGCCUCGCCAUGCAGCGGCGCGGCGCGGGGCUCGGGUGGCCGCGGCAGCAGCAGCAGCAACCCCCGCCGCUGGCGGUCGGCCCCCGGGCCGCAGCCAUGGUCCCCCCGAGUGGCGGCGUCCCCCGGGGCCUCGGCGGCCGCCCUGCCUGCGCGCUGCUCCUGCUCUGCUACCUGAAUGUUGUACCGUCUUUGGGUAGGCAGACUUCCCUGACGACGUCAGUGAUACGCAAAGCUGAGCAGAGCGUGGCUUACAAAGACUUUAUUUAUUUUACUGUCUUUGAAGGAAAUGUUCGCAACGUUUCUGAAGUCUCGGUUGAGUAUUUAUGCUCUCAGCCUUGUGUUGUCAAUUUGGAAGCAGUUGUUUCAUCUGAGUCCAGAAGUAGCAUUCCCGUGUACAAAAAAAGGUGGAAGAAUGAGAAACAUCUUCACACCAGCAGGACACAAAUAGUACAUGUGAAAUUUCCAAGCAUUAUGGUUUACAGAGAUGAUUAUUUCAUCAGACAUUCCAUCUCUGUAUCUGCAGUGAUAGUACGCGCCUGGAUUACUCACAAAUACAGUGGUGGAGACUGGAAUGUUAAAUGGGAGGAAAACUUGCUCCAUGCUGUAGCAAAGAAUUAUACCCUCCUGCAGACCAUCCCGCCUUUUGAACGCCCUUUCAAAGAUCAUCAAGUGUGCCUUGAGUGGAACAUGGGUUAUAUUUGGAACCUUCAGGCAAACAGGAUUCCACAAUGUCCUCUGGAAAAUGAUGUGGUUGCCCUGCUUGGCUUUCCUUAUGCCUCCAGUGGAGAAAACACAGGCAUUGUCAAGAAGUUCCCGAGGUUUCGGAACCGAGAGCUGGAGGCCACUCGACGCCAGAGGAUGGAUUACCCAGUGUUUACUGUUUCACUGUGGCUUUAUUUACUCCAUUAUUGCAAGGCCAACCUCUGUGGGAUUCUGUACUUUGUUGACUCUAAUGAGAUGUACGGCACACCUUCUGUAUUUCUUACGGAAGAGGGCUAUUUGCAUAUUCAGAUGCAUCUUGUCAAAGGGGAAGACCUUGCUGUAAAAACUAAAUUCAUCAUACCUUUGACGGAGUGGUUUCGACUGGAUAUCUCUUUUAACGGAGGCCAGAUAGUAGUAACCACUAGCAUUGGACAGGAUUUGAAAAGCUACCACAAUCAGACCAUUAGCUUCCGGGAGGAUUUCCAUUAUAAUGACACAGCUGGGUACUUCAUUAUUGGAGGGAGCAGGUAUGUGGCUGGCAUUGAAGGGUUUUUUGGACCCCUGAAGUACUAUCGCCUUCGCAGUCUGCACCCCGCCCAGAUUUUUAAUCCCCUCCUUGAGAAGCAACUUGCUGAACAAAUCAAGUUAUAUUAUGAAAGGUGUGCUGAGGUUCAAGAAAUGGUAUCUGUGUAUGCAUCCGCAGCACAGCACGGGGGCGAGAGACAAGAAGCAUGCCAUCUCCACAACUCCUACCUGGACCUGCAGCGCAGGUAUGGGAGACCCUUGAUGUGCAGAGCCUUCCCCUGGGAGAAGGAGCUGAAAGACAAACACCCCAGCUUGUUCCAGGCAUUGCUGGAGAUGGAUUUGCUGACCGUGCCAAGGAGCCAAAAUGAAUCUGUAUCAGAAAUCGGUGGGAAGAUAUUUGAGAAGGCUGUAAAGAGACUCUCUAGCGUUGAUGGUCUUCACCAAAUUAGCUCUAUCGUCCCCUUUCUGAUGGAUUCCAGCUGCUGUGGAUACCAUAAAGCAUCCUACUACCUCGCAGUCUUUUAUGAGACUGGAUUAAAUGUUCCUCGGGAUCAGCUGCAGGGCAUGUUGUAUAGUUUGGUUGGAGGCCAGGGGAGUGAGAGGCUGUCUUCAAUGAAUCUUGGGUACAAACACUACCAGGGUAUUGACAACUACCCCCUGGACUGGGAACUGUCGUAUGCCUACUACAGCAACAUUGCCACCAAGACACCCCUUGAUCAGCACAUGCUGCAAGGAGAUCAGGCAUAUGUUGAAACAAUUAGACUAAAAGAUGAUGAAAUACUCAAGGUACAAACCAAAGAAGAUGGAGAUGUCUUUAUGUGGUUGAAGCAUGAAGCUACCCGAGGCAAUGCAGCAGCUCAGCAACGAUUGGCCCAGAUGCUCUUCUGGGGGCAGCAAGGUGUGGCCAAGAAUCCCGAAGCAGCGAUUGAGUGGUAUGCCAAGGGCGCCCUGGAGACGGAGGAUCCUGCAUUAAUCUAUGACUAUGCCAUUGUGCUAUUCAAGGGUCAAGGAGUAAAAAAGAACAGACGACUUGCCUUAGAGCUGAUGAAGAAAGCAGCUUCCAAGGGAUUGCAUCAGGCAGUCAAUGGCCUGGGAUGGUAUUACCACAAAUUCAAGAAAAAUUACGCCAAAGCAGCAAAGUACUGGUUAAAAGCAGAAGAAAUGGGGAACCCAGAUGCAUCAUACAAUCUUGGAGUCCUGCAUUUGGAUGGCAUCUUCCCUGGAGUUCCUGGAAGGAAUCAAACUUUAGCUGGUGAAUAUUUCCAUAAGGCUGCGCAAGGUGGACACAUGGAAGGGACCUUGUGGUGUUCUCUCUACUAUAUCACAGGCAACCUGGAGACAUUCCCUAGAGAUCCUGAGAAAGCUGUUGUAUGGGCAAAACAUGUAGCUGAGAAAAAUGGCUACUUGGGCCAUGUCAUCCGCAAAGGCCUCAAUGCCUACCUGGAAGGUUCAUGGCAUGAAGCUUUGCUGUAUUAUGUUUUAGCAGCAGAAACUGGAAUUGAAGUGUCACAGACAAAUUUAGCACACAUCUGUGAGGAGAGGCCAGACCUGGCCAGGAGAUACUUGGGUGUUAACUGUGUUUGGAGAUACUAUAAUUUCUCUGUUUUUCAAAUCGAUGCCCCUUCCUUUGCAUAUUUGAAGAUGGGAGACCUUUACUACUAUGGCCACCAAAACCAGUCACAAGACCUGGAGUUGUCUGUGCAGAUGUACGCCCAAGCCGCCCUGGAUGGAGACUCCCAGGGAUUUUUUAACCUGGCCCUGCUAAUUGAGGAAGGUACUAUAAUCCCACACCAUAUCUUGGAUUUCUUGGAAAUUGACUCAACUCUCCAUUCUAAUAACAUCUCCAUUCUCCAGGAACUGUACGAAAGGUGCUGGAGCCACAGUAACGAGGAGUCCUUCAGCCCCUGCUCCUUGGCCUGGCUUUACCUGCACUUGCGGCUUCUCUGGGGCACUAUCCUGCACUCAGCCCUGAUCUACUUUCUGGGAACCUUUCUGCUAUCCAUAUUGAUCGCCUGGACUGUGCAGUAUUUCCAGUCUGUCUCAGAAAAUGAUCAUCUUUGCCAGGUACUUUGGAGUAUAUGAAAAAGGCUGAUGGUCCCAUGGGGCUUCAGCUACUGCAGGCCCCUCACUUUAUGACACCGAGUCUUCUCAUCCACGAGCAUGAACUCAAUCUCAGGAAGAUUUCAAGUCCCCCCAAAAUUCAUCUGUAAAUUCGCCUGAUUUUAAAAUUUUUUUGGAAGAGCAAAGGGACAAAAAGCACUUAAGACAACUUUGGAGAAAGACAAAGAGGAGUGACUUGCCUUAUCAGACAAAUUUAAAUUGCAUCAUCAUUGGUGGUUCAGGUGUGGGAAAAAUAAAUAGAUAAAUUGCAUCAUCAUCUUCUUUUAAAGUUUUUAAUGAAGUUUUAUAAUUUUUAUCCUAAAGGUUUAACAAAUAUUUUGUUAAAUCUAUUCUUUGGCCGGGCACGGUGUCUCAUGCCUGUAAUCCUAGCACUUCGGGAGGCUGAGGCAGGCAGAUUGCCUGAGCUCAGGAGUCCAAGACCAGCCUGGGCAACAUGGAGAGACCCCAUCUCUACUAAAAUACAAAAAAUUAGCUGGGUGUGGUGGUGGGCGCUUGUAGUUCCAGCUACUCGGGAGGCUGAGGCAGGAGAAUUGCUUGAACCCAGGAGGUGGAGAGCCGAGAUCAAGCCACUGCACUCCAGCCUGGAAGACAGAGUGAGACCCUCUCCAAAAAAAAAAAAAAAAAACCAAAAAAAAACUAUUAUUUGAUAUAUUGCUGUUUUGUGGAUAUUGUAAACUGCUCUUUUUUCCCCUUGCUUAAAGAGUGAGAACAUCAUGAUGAAGAUGAUAAAAUAAUAAUAAUCAUCACCAUUCAUCAUCAUGAUCACCAUCAUAAUGGCAAAUAGCUACCACUUAUAUAGCCAAGGACUAUUCUAAGGACUUCACGUAUUUUAACUAAUUUAUCUCUAUAAAAACCCUACUAAGUUGCCUGGUUCAGUGGCUCAUGCCUGUAAUUCCAUCACUUUGGGAGGCCGAGGCGGGCAUAUCACUUGAGGUCAGGAGUUGGAGACCAGCCUGGCCAACAUGGCAAAACCCUGUCUCUACUAAAAAUACAAAAAUUAGCCAGGCAUGAUGACAUGCUCCCAGCUACUCGGGAGGCUGAGGCACAAGAAUCCCUCGAACUCAGGAGGUGGAGGUUGCAGUGAGCUGAGAUCACGCCACUGCAGUCCAGACCAGGUGACAGAAUGAUACCGUCUCAAAAAAAAAAAAAGCAAACAAAGGAAGUAAAUUACCUAAAUGAUAGAAAUCUUUCAACUCCCCUGUACAAAGACUAGCCUUGUGUGUGGGUAUGUUGAAUGUACUGAGCUCCAACUAUGGGAUUUGAAUGUUACCACAUGGUUUACAACAUUCAUUCUAUCGACUAUGCAUUUUAUAAAUUAAAUCAUUUUGAAAGUGCCACUCAACUUACAUUUGAUAAAAUCAUAAACAGAGAACAGCUCCUGCACUUACACGCAGGGCUGCGACUCGAGAAAUUUUCCUCCUCCCUGUCCUUUGUUUGAAGUGCUGAUCAACUUGUCCUGGCCUCCCUGCUUGUUUCCAGACCAGGAUUUGGAGUGGCUGACUUUUCUUUACCUGCCUCCAUGCGUAUUCCACAGAGAUCAAAAUCACGUAAGGAUCUUUCUCCACCAGUAGGGAAAGAAUAGACUCUUCCACAGUUGGUUCUGGGACAAUUGAAUUCCCACAUGUAAAAGUGUUAUGUUCAACCCCUUCCUCAUAUCACAUACAAAAAUUAUCUCAGGGCCAGGUGCAGUGGCUCAUGCCUGUAAUCUCAGCACUUUGGGAGGCCGAGGUGGGCAGAUCACUUGAGGUCAGGAGUUCCAGACCUCAAGUCUCCUCAAGUGAUCCAUCUGCCGCGGCCUCCCAAAGUGCUGGGAUUACAGAUGUGAGCCACUGCACCCAGCGAAAGCAGGGAUUUAUUAAAGCAAGAAAGCACUCUGGCCGGGAGCAGUGGUUCAGGCCUGUAAUCCCAGCACUUUGGGAGGCCAAAGUGGGCGGAUCACGAGGUCAGGAGUUUGAGACCAGCCUGGCCAACAUGGUGCAACCUCAUAUCUACUAAAGAUACAAAAAAUUAGCUGGGUGUGGUGGGGCACGCCUGUAAUCCCAGCUACAGGGGAAGCUGAGGCAGGAGAAUCUCUUGAAUCCGGGAGGCAGAGGUUGCAGUGAGCCAAGAUUGCACCACUGCACUCCAGUCUGGGUGACAGGGUGGAUUCCAUCUCAAAAAAAAAUAAAAAAAGAAAGAAAGAAAAGAAAAGAAAGAAAAAAGAAAGCACUCCAUAGGGUAGGAGUAGAAUGAAGCAGGCAGCUCAAGGACCCCGUCUACAAAGUUUUGGGGGGUUUAAGUAGUCUGUUUGAGGUGCCUAUCAGCUACCUCUUAUCUGGAUGAAAGAUUUGGUCCGUGGCUAAUUAAAGGCUGAGGUGAAUUGGCCCGAGGCUAACCCAAGGCUGGAGCAGAUCGAUGCCCUAUGCAGAUGAAGGAGUAGCACUUAGCUCAGUCCUCGGCCACUUUGGGACACUAUCCCUCUCUAUCCUGGGGGAAGGGGGAAAGUUGUAGGAGAGUAAGUAGCCUUUGAUCCUUUGUUACUUGGGCCUGGGGAGACUGGGUUUUUCCUUUUGUUUUAGCUUUAGGAAGUUCCUGCCAAUUGGCCUUAGGAUUCCUGCUCCCAGACCCAGGUAUUUCCCCUCUGAUUUCACCUUAGGAAAUUUUCAUGAAUUGGGCUUAGAUUCCUGGCCCCCAGACCUUGAUGUUUUCCCUUGAUUCAGCUUUAGGAAGUCAGCACAAAUUGGUCUCAAGUUCCCUGCCUCCAGACCCUAUUCUCUAGCCUCACCGACACUCU